AUGUUUCGAGGGGUGUUCGGCCGCGCGCCUGACCCUCCGCCAAGCCAACCGACCCCGCCUCAAGCUCCCCCGGCGCACACCAACCCGCUCUCCGCGCAUUCGUACCCUUCCCCCUCUCCCAACGCGCCCGGCUCUGCGGAAGCCGCCGCCGCCGCCGCUGCCGCGGCGGCUGCUGCGGGUCCCCGGCAAUAUCAAGAAGCGAGAGACGUGGGGAGGGCCGGCAGCAGCGGUGGCAUGGGAGUGGGGAACGUAGGGGGAGGGGGGAGCUACGGCGGAGGGGGGAGUUACGGGGGUGGGGGGGAUCAAAGGGGACCUGCGGGAAGGGGUGGGGGAAGAGGGGGGAGUUUAGGGGGAGAAGGAGAGAUGGGGGGGAUGGGGGGGUAUUCGGGUGGACCCCCACCUAUGGGUAUGGCACAGGGGGGGAUGGGAGGGGUGGGAGGCAUGGGAGGGAUGCAGCAGCAACUGCUACCUGUGCUUGAAAGCAAGAGCCCGGAGGAGCUAUUUCAGCUUUUAACGGACCCCAAGGCGUAUCAGCAGCUGCUGGAGGAGAUGCCGCAGCUUAAAGAGAUGACCAAGGUGGUGGACGAUCUCAAGAAAGGCAACGAGGAACUCGCCAGGUCGACGCUGGCAAUGGAAGCAGACAUGUCAGAGCUGAGAACACAGUGUCGCAUCAUCAGGGGCACGGAGCUGGCUUCUUUGGAGGAGAGGCUGGCACAGAUGGUGGGGCAGCAGAGGGCCCUCAUGGACAAAUGGAGUCCUGGAGCUCUCGUGCAACAGCUUAAAGAUAAAGCGGAGGAAGUGAAUCGGGAGGCGGAGGAUAUGAGGAGCAGGUUUCUUGCAGGGGAGGUGGAGCUGGGACAAUUCAUGAGGGAGUAUCGGAAGAAAAAGGAGCUCGCCGAAGUGAAAACCGCGGAGGACUCGAAGGAGAAAGAUCAAGACGAAGGGUCAGGCGAUGAUGGAAAGGCUGCAGCGGGGAAACGAUCGUCUGAGGAGAAUUCAUCCUCGUUAGAAGACAGGAUCCUGGAUGCGGAGCUUACGCAAGGCGACAUUCUCAAGCAAGGGCCAUGCGCGGACGAGGCGGGCCGGUUCUGUGCUGACGUGGAGGUGGGCAAUCGAACGAUGGAGCGGUGCCUCACCAUGCAAUACACGCUGCUGCAACUCGCCUCCACCACUGACGCUAACCUCACGGAUAACUUCUCUGACAAAUGUCUUGACGACAUCCGCAACUUCAAAAUACAAGUCUACAAGAACAUCUCUAUCGACAAGGAGUGGAUGGAGGACUGCAAGGAGGACGUGGCGUCCUUCUGUGAUGACAAGUUCCUCUACCCGGGUGUGGGCAGCGUGCUCGCAUGCCUGCGGGAGGCGAAGGCGAGCGAGCGCCUCUCAGACCUGUGCAAGAACCGCGUGUUUGAGGCGCAGAGGGACGCGGCUGCAGACAUGGCGUUUGACCCGCAGCUCAACCAGACGUGCGCUGCCGACGCCCAGAGGCUGUGCAAAGGGGUGCCGGCUGGGGAGGGGCGCGUGCAGGACUGCCUGCGUCAGCAGCGCACGAGUCUGAGUUGGGACUGCAUGUCGGAGCUGUUCCGGCAGGAGGUGGAGGGGUCAGGAGACAUCCGCCUUAACGUGCGCCUCUUCAAAGCCUGUCUGCAGGACAAGAGGCGCUUCUGCCCCGACGUGCCGCCUGGUGAUGCGCGCGUGAAGGACUGUCUGGAGGAGCACCGGCUGGAGGAGGAUUUCUCGAAAGGCUGCAAGGUGGAGUUUGACAAGAUGAUGGAGCGGCGAGCAUCAGACUUCAGGUUGGAUUUCAACCUGCAGAAGUACUGCCACAAGGACAUUGUGGAGACGUGCUACCAGGAUGCGUCAGACAUGACGGGGGCGGGCGGCAGUUCAGACGCCAAGGUGAUUCAGUGCCUGCAGGACUACAGGGACGAGCUCAAGGACCCGCGCUGCAGGCAGCAGGUGCAUAUGCUGACCAAGAGAGCAGCAGAGGACAUUCGUUUCGACCGCGCUCUGGGCGAAGCAUGCAAAGACGACGUGCAGGCGCACUGUGCGGCGGUGCCCAAGGGGCAGGGGCGUGUCUUCAUGUGCCUGCAGGACAACCGAGGGAAACUCAAGGGGCCGUGCAAGGAGGCGCUCUUCCGAGAGGAGGUGCGGUUCGCGGAGGACAUAGACUUCAAGUUUGCCAUCCGCAAGGCGUGCUCAGACGAGCUGCAGCGCCUCUGCAAAGACAAGGAGGACGCGAUGGCAUGUCUGCAGGAGCACAUGGGGGAUGCGGACAUGAGCAAGGGGUGCAGCGAGGAGGUGAAGAACGACCAGCAGCACGCCGCAGAGGAUUACCGCCUCAACUUCCGCCUCGCUAGAGAGUGCUUCGCUGACGUGCAGAAGCUCUGCAUGCACGCCUGUGACGAAUCCGCCCUCCUCCCCACCUCCUCAGACCCCUCCUCCUCCUCCUCUUCCUCCUCUCCUGCAUCCCUGCCCGUCACGUGUGGUGGUGCCACGCUGAGGUGUCUCACCGGCGCCGCCAGCAACAUCUCAUCUGCCACGUGUCGCGACGAGGUGUUCCACUUCCAAAAGCAGGAGGUUGCUGACGUGGCUCUGGAUGUGCCUCUGCAGGUGGCAUGCAUGGAGGACGUGAAGGAGAGCUGUGGGGGCGAACGGGACCACAGCAAGGCGCUGGCAUGCUUGAGGCAGAACAGGGACGCGCUAUCAGAGGGGUGCAAGGAGGAGGAGCUGCGGUUCAGUGAGAUGGAGGCGUCAGACAUACGUCUCACCCCCACGCUCAUGAACGCCUGUGGCUUGGAGCUGCACCAGUUCUGCCGAAAAGUGCCGCCCGCUGCCGGCCAGGCCUUCCGAUGCCUGCAGCUGCACGUGCAGGAGCCGGGCAUGAGCGUGGCAUGCCGGUCAGAGGUGGACCUGCAGACAACUCGCCAGUCAAAGUAUUACAAGCUGGACGCUGCAGUGAAGCAGCAGUGUGGGGAGGACGUGGAGCGGCUGUGCAAGGUGGUGGACGAGGGCCGGGAGGGGCACGCGCUCGUUCUCAAGUGCCUUGUGGACUACCAGUCUGACCUCUCAGCUAGCUGCCACACUGAGGUGGCCUAUGCAGUGCGCAUGGCCCUGUGGAUGUACCACCGUGGAUCCGACCUCACCAAGGGCUGCGAUGCACUCGUGGAUUCCCGCUGCGCCAACUACACCAGCAGCAGUGGCAGCAGCAGCAACCGCAGAGCCAGCGUGUCAGGGGCAGUGGUGGGGCAGUAUGCACAGUGUCUGAUGGAUCAGCCGAAAGUGGCGCUUGGGAAUGAGUGUUCGCCACUGGUGGCGCUGGUGGGGAAGGAGGGCGGGCAUGUGGGGGGGGAGAUCAGCAGCGAGCUGCUUCAAGAGACUCUCAAUAAGAUUGCCCUGCUUCAGCUCUCCCAAGGUGGAUCCUCCAGUUCUGUGGCUUCUCGUUCUGAAGGGCUU